AUGGUUUCUAUUCCAUUUUUAUAUAUAUCACUGUUUGUCUCAAAUACUCUUGUUUAUAGUGUAUUGUGUAGAACAAGCAAAUAUAAAUUUAAUCAACUGAAUAAUAACCUGUCAAUGAAGGAAUUAGAUGAUGUAUCGACAAAUGAGCUUUAUAAAAAUGAGGUUAAAGUAGAUUUAAGCCUAACAAUUGAUCAAUUAUCUGAAUUAAGUGGAGAUUCUGAGGUUAUUUUUAAUUCAUUAGAGUUUGACAGUGUGUUGGAACUGAAAGAUACAGAUAUCCCAUUCCAACUAUCACCUACAGAAGAUAUCUUACCACUAACAAACAAGAAACUCAAUGAGUUGUAUUUAAAAAGUAUUGAGAAAUUAGAUAUAAGUUCUAAUAGGCAAAAUCUACAUGAUAGCAUCAUUGAAAACUAUCAUAAAUCUCAUAUAAUACCCCCGAACGAAGCCUCUACAAAAAGCAAGGCAUCAUUAUCAAAUAUUCAAUCAUUGCUCAGAUCUAUGUCAACUUCUGUGUUACCUUUUAUAGAUGAAAAAGAAACAACUGAAACAACAAUUGAUGAACGUGAAUUGCAGAAUUUGAAUAAUACUUCAUUUCAAUCCGAAGAAGUAGUUGGAAGAUUUGGUGAUAUAUUAGGAAUUCUUUCAUCAAUUCCACUUGAAAUGAGAGCAGAUAUUUUAGCUAAUGCUCAUGAAAUGAUCCAGAAGGCCGGGGAAAAUAUUAAUAAUUUACCUGAUAUAUUUUAUGGCAGCGGAAUUAAGAUAUUGCUACAACCUUUAAAUACUAUGAACAUGGAACCAACUGAACUAUUAGGAUUAUAUUCAACAUUAUUUGAGGACAAUGUAGAUAAUUUUCUUUUAUUUCUAAGUAUUAUCGAAAGAAUUUUAUUAAGGGCAAUAUCCACAUCUAAUGUUGUUCCACCCCUAAUUGCAAGGAAGUUGAAGCAAUCCUCUAGUGGACAAGAUAACAAUUUUUUAAUUAACAAAGUUUCAAAACAGCAAUCUGCACAGUUCUGGUUAAAUACUAUUUGCCAAACAAUCUAUAAUAUUAGAAUACUAAAAGAAGUUUAUCCAUAUAUUAUACCAUCUCCUAUAAUAGAUGAAGCGAAUAUUCCAACAUCGAGUAUGACUACUCCUGGUACACCUUUAUUCCAUAAAUUUCAAAUAAAUACAAAUAAUAAUUCUGCUUUGUUAAGUUCUAAACAGUCCACCAAUAAUAUUGGAGAUCCAUUUACUACAAUUCUUGAAGUUAUUUUUAAUGGAUGGAAAUCCCAACUUGAGAAUGUUGGAUAUGUUCUAAAGGUAUCUACUCAAAAGGCAAUAGCUGUAUGUAAACAAUGUAAUUUAAUCAGAGAUGAAGAACAUCUAAAAUCCAUAGAUUCUCAUCAUGUUCGAAAAUUUAAAGCAUUAAUUAAAAAUACAACUGUGGAUUCUGACGAGAAUACUCCACAUUUUACUAAUGAACAACUCCUCAAAUAUAUGGAUGAUAUGAAGAUCACAGAAAGCUUUGUAAUGUUAUCUACUGAUUCUAGACAAGUUAUAAUAAGUACUACUACUACAUAUCUCAUUUCUAUCGCAGAUUUAUUAUCUGAGUUACAAAUGAUUUCUCAAUGUUAUUCUGAUAUAGAGAUAAAUAGUAGUCUCAAUAAAAAUAAGACAUUUACAUUAAGCCCAGAGCUAGAAACCCUUUUAAAGUCUCCAUCUUAUAUUCAAAAUAUUCCUUUACUAGAAUGGAGAACAAUAUUAUUGGAUAUACCAGAAGAAUUCAAAACAACUUGUGUUAUUGCAAUACAUAGUCGAUAUAUAUCAUAUUACAGAAAGUUCAAAAAAUUACAUUACACACUCCAGCAACCAACAGCUAUUACAAACAUCAUUUUAAAGCUUCAGUCAUCACCUGAAUUAAUUGGUGAAAAUACUGCUAAAUUAGUAAAUAGAGCAUUUUCAUGGAAAUCACUUUAUCAAGCUGACUCUACAUUUAGCUUUUUCUUUUCCUUACUAGAUUUAAACCAACUUCUAAAUUUUAAUAAAAUUAUUGAAGAUGUUAUCUCGGAAUACGUCCCAAUUCAAGAUUCUUAUGCAAUUCCGAAUAAAGAUACUUCAAAAUAUAAGAUGCUAAGACUUUGGAAUCGCUUGAAAGAUAAUUGGAUCUUUAAAUUGUUUACAUUUGGUUUUUUCUCCAUAUUUGGAUAUAUAGAUAAUGGCUAUACUACUGAAAAGUGUCUUUUUAUACCAAAAUCUAAACAAGGAGAACCCGAACCUACAAUUAUUUGGUAA